UCUGUCUGUGACUCGGUGUCGGUCUCGCGCCCCGGUGCCAUGGCGUCCGGAGAGGAGGACGGAGCGCUUGAGGAAAAGGAAACGAACAACAAAAAGCGGACGAAGAGCAUUAUUGCCACAGCAUGGCUCAUGUUCUACAAUAUCGCCAUGACGGCCGGGUGGCUGGUUCUGGCUGUUGCAAUGACUCGCUUCUAUCUCCAGAAAGGCACGCAUAAGGGCUUGUACAGAAGUAUAGCACGGAUACUUAAGUUUUUCCAGACCUUUGCUCUUCUGGAGGUUGGGCACUGUGCAAUUGGAAUUGUACGGACAUCUGUGAUUGUAACUGGGGUCCAAGUAUGCUCGCGAAUAUUUAUGGUUUGGUUCAUCACGCAUAGUAUCAGACAGAUCCAGAAUCAAGAGAGUGUGAUCUUGUUUUUGGUGGUGUGGACAGUCACUGAGAUCACACGUUACUCCUUCUACACCUUCAAUUUGCUUAACCAUCUGCCUUACUUCAUCAAAUGGGCCAGAUAUAAUAUGUUCAUUAUCAUGUAUCCUCUGGGCGUGAUCGGUGAACUGAUGACCAUAUACGCUGCUCUGCCAUAUGUUCGGAAAGCGGGCAUGUACUCUUUAAGACUCCCAAACAAAUACAACGUCUCCUUCGACUAUUACUACUUCCUCAUCAUUGCAAUGCUCUCCUACAUCCCAUUGUUUCCCCAGUUGUAUUUCCACAUGCUGCGUCAGAGGAGAAAGGUGCUUCAUGGGGAGGUGAUACUAGAGAAGGACGAGUAGAAGAAAAAAUAGCACACCGUACCAACCACCACAGCAAUCAAUUACUGCUCAGACCUCUAUAACAACGGAGAAGAUUGUAAUAGAUAAUAUCAGACAGCAUGAUCAGCAACCCAACAUACAAAUUGCAACCUACUGGAAAUUCUCCAGUACCCAAUCUCUACUACAGCCACUCACUCUUCUGUUAUUGAGAACUGGGUGCUCUUCACUUGGAUGGAAAUGCUCCCAGUAUUCGUGAAUACAUCCAAAUUAUGGUCAGCUAAAAGAAGUCACAAGAAGGACUGCCACUGGAUUAAACUUCAUCUAUUUUGGAUGACAUCUUUUUUUUUUCUCUCACAUCCUCUUCUGUAGUUUCUGCUGUUCUGCUCCCUUGUAUUGGAUUAAGUCUCAAUCUGGAUUAAAUCUUUAAUUUGGAUAUAAUUUCAACUUUCACUGGACUCAACUUUAUCUGUAUUUGGAAUGUAGCCAAGAGUAAAAAAAAAAGGUGAAUAACGGGUGAAUUAGUAAUUUGCUAAUUACUCCGAAUGCCAUUUGAAAGUUUUUGAUUGUGUUACUUAAAGCACACAAAAAAUGUUUAAUGUUCCACAAACCAGGAUAUUUCCUGCUAUCACUUAUGUUAUGCUACAGCAGCCAUAAACUCUUACCAGGCUUUCUAUUUUCUUAUUCAUUAAUUGAAUGACAAAAAGAGAACCAGGAAGUUCACUGUCGCAAAGUGCUGACACUACAAAUUUCUCUCAGAAAUGUUCAAUAAGCAUCACCAUACAAAAAAGGUUUGCCAUAUCACCAAUUAUUUGUUAAAUAACGUGUCGGUCUGUUAAUUAGUCUUAGAUUAGACGGAGCAUUCGCUAUACAAUCCCUGUGAACGUGCUGCUAUUGUAAAACAUAAACACACUACAGUGAGCACACUAAUAUAACCCUGUGCUUUGCCUUACAGCCACCACUACUGAGUUGUGCUGUUAGAGGACGGAAAUCAACUCUUUCUGACCAAUCAGAAUUGGGAAGUCGACCAGACUAUGGUAUAAAUUUCAAUAUAAUUUUAUCAGAUUCUUUUAGCAGAAUCUUUUUUGUCAGCAAACAUUUUAAGUCUCAGAUGCUUUUGUUUCAAAUGUACAUACAUGAGCGUGGUGUCAGGAUGAAGGGGGAAAAUGUUGCAAAAAUGUUCUUCGACUGCACUACGACUCCGUGUCUCUUAAAUGUUUACAUCAAUAACCGGUGAUUCAAAUUUGGUGAGAACUGUUCAGGGAUAAACAGAAAUUGGAACAGCUAACUGACAGGUCAGCAUGAUCUCACUUUCAUUUCAGAUUCUUAGCAAAUGAAAUAUAUUAAGAGUGAGACAAUAAAUCUGUUCUGAACCCUGACUAGCUCUGCCAGUCUUCAUAGUUUGGUGUCAUGUUGUUGUGUUGUGGUUCAUUCUAUGUCAGGUUACCUUGUGUUGACAUCCAUCACAGAUCUUGUAACCACUAAAUCAGAAGAUUCAAAUUGACACACUUUUCUGUGGUUUCUUAAAGGGAAUGAAAAAUGGAAAUGUGCAACAGCCAGUGCCAUGUUUUCUUUAAAUUUCAAUGUUAUAAAUGAUUCAUUUUUGUUGAAAACGCAGUAAGACAAAAUCAGAAUCUUACUACAAUCUCUGAACCGCACAGUAUCUAAAUAACAGGCAACAUGAAAUAAAAGCAGUCAAUCAACAAACCCAGUUUUCACAAAUAUGUCAUUCACAUUAGGCUUGGAAGACAAAUUUGAGCUAUGCCAGUGUUAUUUCUCCAUAUAUCCUUCCUCACCACCAUAGAGUUCAUCUAAUAUCCCACAACCAAUAGUAACACAAACAACCAAGGUUACCAGAGUGUUACUGGUAUAUGAUUUGAUGUAUGAGACCACCCAGGUUCAUGGCUAACAUAAUACAUGGUCUUAAAUUAAUUUAAAGAAAUUACUGUGAGUGAAAUAUUAGAUUAUGGUUUUAACCUGUAAGCCAUAUUCACUCUGAUUCUGACUGAAAUGGCUCCAAGAACUGUGAUGAUUAGGUCUGGAGGUGAAACCUCCUAUAAAAAAAAAAUGGCAUGAAAAUGAUGACAUGGAGUGGUCUUUUCAUUUUGUUUUUGUCUUGUUUUUUUAAGAAACUAUAUAUAUAUAUAUAUAUAUAUAUAUAUUUUAUUUUUUUUUUUGAGUUGAGUUGAGUAGUGUCUCUCUAUAAGGUGCUACUGUUACAUACUUUCAUUCU